AUCAACAAAUGUUCUUCUCCCCUCAAAACCUUCUUCCUCUUUGUUCUUGUGCUGAAACAAAUCACAUUAAUCCUCAACCACUGCACACAGACUUGCAGUUACAACACACACAUGAAUCAUCAUCACAAUAUACACAAGAGACAAAAAGAACAGUGAUGAUGAAGACUUCCAAGUUCUAAUAACCAUCUCUGUCUGCAAUUUGAACAGAGAGAGAGAGAGGGAGAGAGAGAGAGAGAGAGAGAGUGGUAGGAGGGAGGGAAAUCCAUGGCUGAUUACAGCAACCUCUCUUCAUGUUGGACUUCUGUGUCCUCUUCUCUGAAAUUCCUUCUAGUUGUUGUAACUUUGAUUCUACUAUCUGGGUUUGUUUUAAUGUUGGGACCAAAGAUCCCUCGAGUUCCAUCAUCUUACAAUCCUUGGGUUUGGAGAGCUGACUCUUCUUCUUUCUCUUCUCCUGCUACUACAGCCAUGACCACCACUGCUUCAUCUCUUGAAGCUGAAGAAGAAACUGAGAGACACCUGGAUUUUCAUCCAACAGUGGUUGAUGCUCUAUCUACAGAAAUUCAAGAACCUCUUUCUCGUCAUCCCACCUUCAAUUCUUCUUCUUCUCCUUCCCCUCCUCCUGACUCACAAAUUAUCCAAAACCAGGAACCAGCUCCACAACCCGAUGAGGAAACCCAAGAACACACAAAAGCUUCCAAGAACGAGUCCAAUGUUUCUCCACUGAUCACAAAAAUGCCAAAAGAGUACAGCAGAUUGGAGAGGCUUGAAGCAAGGCUUGCAAGAACUCGAGCUGCAAUAAGAGAAGCUGCUUGGUCUUGGAACCAAACAGUACCUGACCAAGACUAUGUUCCUCAAGGUCCCAUGUACUGGAAACCCCGUGCCUUCCACAGGAGUUAUUUGGAAAUGGAGAAACAUUUCAAGGUGUUCAUCUAUGAAGAAGGAGAGGCACCUCUGUUCCACAAUGGACCUUGCAAAAGUAUAUAUUCCAUGGAAGGAAAUUUCAUUCACAGAAUGGAGAUUGAUAGCCAGAUACGAACCAGAGACCCAGAAAAGGCUCAUAUGUUCUUCCUCCCCUUCAGUGUGACGAUGAUGGUUCGAUUCGUCUAUGUCUCAAACUCCCAUGAUAGUGGUCCAAUCAAGAGAACAGUCAGGGAUUAUGUAGAUGUCAUCUCCAAAAAAUAUCCUUUCUGGAACCGUAGCCUUGGAGCCGACCAUUUCAUGCUCUCUUGCCAUGAUUGGGGGCCAAUGUCAUCCACAUUCGUUCCCAAUAUGUUCAAGAACUCAAUUCGGGUUCUCUGCAAUGCAAACACUUCAGAGGGAUUCAAUCCCACCAAGGACGCUGCCUUACCAGAAAUCCAUCUCAAAACUGGUUUCAUGAAAGGGAUCGGUGGCCCAUCGCCAUCUCGCCGGCCUAUACUCGGAUUCUUCGCCGGAGGAAUGCACGGUCCCGUCAGGCCCGUUCUUUUACAGCACUGGAAGAACAAAGACGAUGACUUGCAGGUGUUUGAGUAUUUGCCGAAAGGAAUAUCUUACGAAGACAAGAUGAGGAAAAGCAGAUUCUGCCUCUGCCCAAGUGGGUAUGAAGUUGCUAGCCCAAGAAUUGUGGAAGCAAUCUAUGCGGGAUGUGUACCUGUGCUGAUAAAUGAUCACUAUGUGCCUCCCUUUAGUGAUGUCCUCAACUGGAAAUCCUUCUCUGUGGAAGUUCCUGUGAGAGAGAUACCAAACCUGAAGAAGAUAUUGAUGAGUAUAUCAUCAGGACAGUAUAUAAGGAUGCAGAGGAGGUUGAUACAGGUGAGGAGACAUUUUGAGGUGCAUUCUCCUCCCAAGAGGUUUGAUGUCUAUCAUAUGAUUCUUCAUUCUGUCUGGCUUAGAAGAUUGAACAUUCGAAUUCGUGAUUCAUGAUUCACACAAACACUGAAACCAUUAACUCAUCUGUUGUGAGAUUGAAGUAAUUAAGGAAACAAUUGUAAUUUGUUACCAAUAAAAGAAGAAUUUUCAACA